AUGCAUCUAUCCUCCCUUCUAGUCACAGCUCUUCUUGCUGCUGUGCCAAGCUUAUGUGCGCCUACUCACAAGUGGGGCUGCAAGAGUCCUGUCGUUCGUAAAGAAUGGAGAACACUAAGCACCAAAGAGAGGCAUGAGUAUAUCGAUGCGGUCAAGUGUCUUGCAUUGAAGCCUUCUCAGACUGGAAACAUAUACGCUGGUGCCAAGUCCCGCUUUGACGACUUUCAAGUCAGUCAUAUCGUGAAUACUGACUUUAUUCACUAUGUCGUAACUGGCACCGAAUGUUCAUCGCCCAAUAUGAGAAGGAUCUUCGAAAUCUGUGUUGCUACAGUGGAGCUCAACCAUACUGGGUCUGUAGAGGAUUUCGAAAACUCUCCCAUUUUCGAUGCAGGCACCGGCUUCGGAGAUAACGGGGUUUUCAUUGACACCAGUAGCUGGACAAACGUGACUAGACAGGUCUCUGGCAGGACAGGAGGAGGCUGCGUUACCGACGGCCCUUUUGCCAAGGGAGAAUUCGAGGUUCAUGCAGGACCAGAUAACUCCACUGCUUACAACCCACGUUGUCUGGCCCGCGACAUCGCUCCAGAGUAUGGUGUCUCCAAGCUCAACCAAACCGUGGUUGACUGGACUUUUGAAGCUAAAGACUUCUUUGAGUUUGAUCAGCGUGUCCAAGGUGGCGUUAGUGCCGAAUCCCAAGGAUACCACGGCGGCGGCCAUCUCGCAAUUGGAGGUAGUCUCGGUGAGAUGGGUGACAUGUACUCUUCGCCUGGCGAUCCUAUCUUUUGGUUACAUCACACCAACGUUGAUCGACUCUGGGAUAAAUGGCAGCGACUGGACUGGCCUGCUCGAAAGAGCGACAUCAGCGGGCCUGAUACUCAGUAUGCGUAUCCUUAUGACUUCUUUGGGGACAAGGAGUAUAAGAACAUUACACUUGCUUAUGUGAUGGAUUUUGGGAAUUUGCUUCCUGGUAGGCGCUAUGUCACUGUUGAGGAAGCUAUGGAUACGCAGGGAGAGCGACUGUGUUAUACGUAUCAGUCGUAG